AUGGCGACUGCUGCACCUCCCAGGGCCCCGCCUACCUCGCGACGAUCCAUUUCCAGCACGGGCUCUACUUCCACUUCCUCCUCAAUUGUCAAGGGCGCGACUGCCAGGUCCGCCGUAAACCCUCGCGCAUCCCCCUCUCUGAGCUCACCCGCACGGAGGACUUCUGUCAAAGCCGUGGCACCCUCCGCACCCGUCAAUGGCACUGAGACACGCGAGUCUUUGUCUGCUUCUCUCAAGGAGGAGACGGACAAGAAGGAGAAGCUUCUUGUGCAAAUCCAAGACAAGGAGCAGACGAUCACAGAGCUCUCGACCGAGAACAGCAACCUCACCUCUGCUCUUAAUGCCGCCGAAUCACGUCUCCAGGAGUUUUACGCCGACCAGAGUCGCAUGGAGGAAGAGAUGGCUGCCCGCAUAGAGGUCAUCGAGAAGCUCCGCACACAAGUCCGGGAUCUGGAGAAGGAGAAACGUGACGUUCAGAAGAGAUAUAACGAGCAGACGACUACGUUCGAUGCCGAGCGGCAGGCUUUCUACGACAACGAGCAGCACCUCAAGUCCCGCAUACAAUCCCUCACCCAAGCCCGCAAGCAGCUGCAGCCUGUCCUUACGUCUCCGUCCGUAAUUUCCAUUGCCGAGUCCGAAAUGGACGUAGAAGAUACUCCGACCGAGGAGCCCGAGCCCAUGCAAGACAUCAACGACCCCGAACAGGAACCCGCCGAGAUGACUGCGCUUCGCCUCGAGUUGUCCACCCUCUCAACCUCCCAUCACUCUUUGCAGUCAACGCUCGUCCUUCUUCAGACGCAGCUGAACGACUUGAAGCGCGUCAAUAACGAGCUGCAGGAGGAGAAUGAGUCGUACAACAUCCUCCUCCGGGAGAGGACACUCAACGGCCAGUUCGACGUUCUUCGUAUGGGCGGUACGAGCGUCACGGAGGCGAGUGACAGCAGCGAAGCCGGAGAUGAUGACGACCGGGAUGCGGAGAGCCUUCUCAGCAGGAACACGAGCAAGAGCGUUCUCGACCCCGUCGACGAACGCGACGAGCGUUUGGAAGAGCAGACGGCGGAGCUCGACCCCGAGUUCCAGCAAGACGACGCAGAGGCAGAGUCCAAGGACCCCGACUCCCCCGCACGUGGCCCUCGCCGUGGCGGCCGCAGGCGAACAACGUCGACUACCUCUCUCUCAUCGUCCGCACCUCGCGGCGAGUCAUUGGCCAACCUCCCGAUCACUGGACCUGGUCUCGACUUGGCUGCAGAACUCGGCCGUGCUGAGAACAAGGACAUCCUCGAAGGACGCGCACCGCUGGAAAACGACCGGUCUGUCCUCAACCCCAAGGGCAAGCGCGGCCGCAAGGGCACCGAUCGUAAGGCCUCCUCUAUGUCGGAGGGCGCUAUCAACCCCAAUGCGGUUCCCGACGAUCUCGAGACACUCAAGUCCGAGGUCAAGAACCUCAAGGACGCCAACAAGGCACUGUCCCUGUACGCCUCCAAAAUCAUCGACCGCAUCAUCUCGCAAGAAGGUUUCGAACAUGUGCUCGCCGUCGAUUAUGACAAAUCCGCGUCAUCGCCUCCCCCGCAGUCUGCCAAAUUCACGACGUUCAGCAACAUACCCAACUCCCCCGCUCUCUCGCAACCGCCUAAGAGGGCGCGGCCGCAGUCGGCGUUCUUCUCCCCUGCCUCUAACGCGUCUUCAAGCGGAACGCCACCACAAGAGCGCCUGACCACAUUCGAUGAUAUACGCGCCGCGGCGGCCGCCUCGAAGGGCCCGACCACCACCGAAAGCGGACCACCUGCGGCUGCACCCUACUCCCGCGCGUCGCGUCGGUCGCUCUCGUUCGACUGGAGCAAGUUCUCGAUGUUCGGCGGCGCAGAGAAGAAGCCCGACCCCCACCUCCGUCCGCUCACCUUGAAGGCGGGCGCGAGCUCUGUCGUCGCGAGGAAGCUCGACACCCAGGAGGAUGAGGAGGACCGGCGCGAGCGCGAGCGGCUCCACGCGACGAUGAAGCUCAUGGGCAUCGACAAGCCAUUGAGCCACGCCGUGGGCACCGGCAAGCCCUCACUCCCCGCGACGCCCGUCACCGCAAGCACCGUCACGCCCUCCACGGCGGUGCCGAUGUCGCCCGCGACGUCGUCCCGCUUCUCGUUCUUCCGCCGCGCGAACUCCGACGCGGGCUCGAUCCACUCCUCGCCCGCGCUUGGUGGGGGUUCGGGGACCUCGACCCCGAAUCUGAAUCUCACCCAGGAGGCGCUGGAGCAGGCCGAGGUGCAGGGCGCGAUCGCGGCCCUCGACGCCCACGAACGGCAGCUCAGCCAGGACAUUGCGAAGGGGUCCCCCGGUGGCUUCACCGAGAUCAUGCCCCGUCGCAGCGGUGACCGGCGGAGCAGCCGUCGUAGCGGCAGCGGAAGCACAGUGUUCAGCGCGGGGCUGAAAGGAGAGGACGACGAUUGA